GAUCCUUUUACGACCGUAUCAUAACAUGUUACAUGGGGCAUGGGGAAAAAACACUACGGUAACGACUGAUGUGUCAAUUCAAAAGAAUAAUAGCUCCAUACCCAAACGACGUCGCUCCCCGGCGAAAUCUUCUUAAAACGUCGCAGCCCAAAACGACUCGUCGUUCAACUCAUGUCCCAGCGGGUGUGAACACUCCAAUCCCUUCCUUCUCCAUCCACCACACUGAAACACCAAAUCACAACGACGUCGUUCCAGCAACCACCGUGUCCAAACCCUAGUUUUCUCUCUUCCUCCCAUGUCCUCCGAAGACAUCACCCUCGUCCCCGACCAGAGGAUCGAGAACGGUCUCAGCUCCCCUCUUGUCUUCCAAGACGACCCUCUCCGCUUCAAUUGCCCCACGCCGCAGCGUCGGGUCGGAGACCCGGGUCCUAAAACCCGUGAACUCGGCGCCUUCAUCGACGAGAAGAUGUUCAUCGACCGCGACCGCUUCUUCGCCGCCCAGAACCCCGACUUCCGCCGCUACGCCGACUGCUCCUCCCGCCAAGACCCCCGCAAUUGGACCGUCAACGGCACCGCCGCCACUCCCAGCGAGGACGACGAAUCCGACGAGGACGACGAAGAUGACGAGGAUGAGGACGACGACGAAGGCGAUACGGAAGUUGAAGGACUCGUCGGUGGUGGAAGCAAAAGGGAAAUUAUCGCUAACAACAACGGUGGCGGUGGUAAUUUGCCUUCUGUUGCAAACGGGAAAGCUCACGCUUUUGUUUCUGGGAGAGAGCUGUUGGGGAAGGAUGGUGGAGAGAUUGGGCAGUUGGUGCUUAGCAAUGUGAAUGGUGGUGGUGAUGAAGAUCAUCGGCAAGAGGGGUUAGGUAAGUCUCAGAAUUCUGUUACCGUUGCUGACACUGACUGUGAGGAGUACUAUUCGCACUAUCUUCAAGGUGCCGAUGGGGCUUCUGGUCACAAAGUUAUGGUCGAUGAUGGUGGUUGUGGGUUUAGUGGGAGAAAGGAUGCAAUGUAUUCUACCGAGUCAGGGGAAUCACUCAGGAAUAUUCUUUCAGAUCCUGUUACUGGAGCUCUUAUGGAUGACGCAAUGAUAUUACCGUGUGGACAUUCAUUUAGCGGAAGUGGAAUACAGCAUGUUAUUAGAAUGAAAGCUUGCUGCACCUGUUCUCAACCCACAACCGAGGAAUCAAUAUCUCCUAACCUAUCACUUCGAGCUGCUGUGCAGGCAUAUCGUCGGGAAGAGGAGUCUCAAUUCUACCGGUCACCUAAAAGAAGAAGAGAGAGAUUUGAUCAGGGUGGAUUUGGAGACUCAUCUGUUAUGGAGCCAUCAAGGAGUAGAGGUGUUCAGUUUCCGUAUGCUGUUAUGGACCGGGUUGUCAUAAAGGGAAACAAAAGGACACCACAACGCUUUGUUGGGCGUGAAGCGAUUGUAACAACGCAAUGCCUGAAUGGAUGGUAUGUAGUGAAGACAUUGGACAAUGCAGAGAGUGUAAAGUUUCAGUAUCGAUCACUCGCUAAAGUUUUGGAUGAUCCUUCAAAGCCUUCCUCCAGCAAGAUGUCACCUAAUUGGCUUUAGAACUGCUGCAGACACUCAUCAAAUACUUCUACACCAAACUGAUGCCUCCCCAUUUUGAGGGUUUAAGCGUUGACAUACCAACAAAAAUUCUUCGUUGUAAUUCCAUUGUUGUAUCCCUUGCGAGAAACUGUGCUAGAUGAG